AUGCGCCGCCGCUCCUCCACCUCGGUCUCCAUGGACCUCUCGCUGGCCCCUGUCACGUCCGAGGAGACACCCUUUCAGAGCGCCUCGCCCGACGGCAAACCCCUCGAGGCCCAGCUGCCCUUCCUCAGGUUUGCGGAGCGGCACAGGCGGUUGGUGAACGUGCUGAUCCAGCAGAACGUGCAGCUGCUGCUGGAGGGCCCCCUGACGCAGCUCAUGCGCACACCGCGGCUGAUCGACUUUGACAACAAGCGCGCCUUCUUCCGCAGCCAGGUCCGCUCCGCCAGCGACCGCUAUCACGGCUCCCUGCGCAUCCACGUGCGCCGCGAGCACAUCUUCGAGGACUCCUUCCACCAGCUCCGCUCCAAGACGCCUGAGGAGAUGCGGGGCAAGCUGUCAGUGCAGUUCCACAGCGAGGAGGGCAUCGACGCCGGCGGUGUCACCCGCGAGUGGUACCAGGUGAUGGCGCGGGAGACGUUCAACCCGAACAUAUCGCUGUUUGUGCCGACGGGGGGCUCCACGUUCCAGCCCAACCCCAACAGCAUCGUGCAGAACGACGAGGCGCGCGGCACCAACCAUCUGGACUUCUUCAAGUUUGUGGGCCGCGUGGUGGGCAAGGCGCUGUACGACGGCCAGCUCAUCGACGCCUACUUCACCCGCUCCUUCUACAAGCACAUGCUCGGCCAGCCCCUCACCUACCAGGACAUAGAGGGGGUGGACCCGGAGUACUUCAAGAACCUGACGUGGCUGCUGGAGCACGACAUGACGGAUGUGGUGGACCUGAACUUUGUGGAGGAGGUGGACUACUUUGGCCGCGUGGAGCACGUCGAGCUCAAGCCCGGCGGCCGUGACAUCAAGGUGACGAACGAGAAUAAGCGCGAGUACGUGGAUCUGGUGGCGGAGCACCGCAUGACCACGGCCAUCCGCGCUCAGAUCCAGGCCUUCCUCAAGGGCUUCUGGGAAAUGGUGCCCAGGGAUCUGAUCUCCAUGUUCAAUGACCACGAGCUGGAGUUGCUGAUCAGCGGGCUGCCGGAGAUCGAUGUGGACGACCUGCGCGCCAACACCGACUACCAUGGCUACUCGCCCGCGUCCCCGGUGAUCCAGUACUUCUGGGAGGUCGUGCGCGAGAUGGACAAGGAGGACCUGGCGCUGCUGGUGCAGUUUGUCACCGGCACCUCCAAGGUCCCCCUGGAAGGCUUCAAGGCCCUGCAGGGCAUCGGCGGGCCGCAGAAGUUCCAGAUCCACAAGGCGUACGGGAGCCAGCAGAAGCUGCCGGCGGCGCACACCUGCUUCAACCAGCUGGACCUGGUGGAGUACGAGAGCAAGGAGCAGCUGCGCGACCGCCUCAUGCUCGCGCUGCACGAGGGCGCCACCGGUUUCGGCUUCGGCUAA